UGUCGCAUCUCUCAUUCAAGAAGCCUGACAAGCGAUGUCAGGUCGCACCGCUCUGAGCGCCGUGGAGGUUCUCCUCAGCUCUUGUCCGCUCCCUGGCAGCGGGAGCCUCGGCGCUGUCGGGGCUGUGCCCGGGGGGCUCCGCCGCGCGGUGCCGGUGCCACCGUGAAGCGCAGCGGGGCGCGGCGGCUGCCGGCGCUGCUCGGGGCGGUGCUGCGGGAGCUGCGGCGCGCCGGCAACACCAGCGCGGGGGCGGGCGGCUCGCUCUACAUCCUGCUCAUCAUCAUCUUCUGCGGCUGCCGGGCCGGGGCGCUCAUCCCGGCGGAGACCCGCUCGCGGAAGCUGGAGUCCAAGCACGACCCGUCCCACCUGUACACGGAGCGGGACUGCGGCCCCGGCGGCCCGGCACAGGCGGCCGAGCAGGGCGGCCCCGCCGAGGGGCAGCGCCGGGGAGCGCGGCGGGAGCGGCGGCCGGCGCUCGGCAACAGGAAGGGUCCGUCCGGCUGCGGCAGCGCUUCUGCUGCCCUCCCACCUGGGGACUGCGGACAGCGAGCGACUGCGGUGGAUGAGAAAUUGUUCUGUUCUUGUACAGUGGCUUGUACGGCGCUCAAGACUUGUCAGGCGGUGAGAGCUAUUCUUCAACUCUUUGGAUCCAUUUGUAUUGCUCUUCUACAAUAAAUACCUGCAUUACGUA